AUGAAGAGGCGGUGCAUGGUUGGCACGGAUACCACGCCUAUGCAGUUGACGCGGAAGGACUUCGAUAACCCCGAGGUUCUGAAUGCCCGAAACCCGCAUCCGCACUGGGGAUUUACCCAUGGUCCCAUGUUCGACCCCAACGUUGUGUUGAAGACACCUGUUAAUUCAGAUGACGAGGGCGAGGACGAAGACGAGGUCGUCGUGAAGCCGCCUAUUGACAUUGAGUGCAUCUUGGGGGAGUUUAUGGAGCUUGUGGGGUCUCAGGCUGCACUUGGAGUUGAAAGCACCGCUCAGACCAAACAUAAGCUGGUGAUUCCUCGCCCACCGCGCCAGAUGCUACUUAUCAAUCCCCAUAACUCCGGCAUAUGUGAUAUCAUCGUUGUAUUGCCCGAUAUUAUGUGUGGAUUCAAAGCAAAGAAUGGUUCCGAGAUGCAUGCCCAUCUCCGAACUGCACACCACGGCGCAAUUGUUCGCCCUAUGCGCCACAAUAUGAACCACGCUUGGAACACUAGUGUCAAUGUUCUUAAACGGUGGGUGCUGACUGGUGGCUGGCGUGAAGCCAAAUAUCGGAUGGAGCCCAUUCGCUCUGACAAAGGGUCCCUCAUCGAUUUAUUUUGUCAGGAUCUCGAGCGUAUUGCCCGAGAGGACGCCAGCUUUGCCGCCAAGUACGGUUGUCAGUUCCACCGUUACUCUGCCCACCUUGAGAGCAUGGAUGACGUCGAAUAUGGCGAGCCUGGAUACCGCUAUCUCGUCCCUGGGGAGGACAAGAUCUAUUACAAGGACGACCGUUUCCUUAUUUAA